UCGCCGUUGCGCCGAUAUGCGCGAUCGUUUCUCGGCGCGUCGUCACGUCGCCGAGAAAUAUUACGAUUGUCUGCAGUGCGCCGAGCAGUGUCGUCACGUGGACAACAACAACCCCGGCGGGAACAACAACAAUAACUACAGCAACAACAAUAACGGCAAGAAUGACGUGGGGGCCGUGCCCGUCGGUCAUCGGAUCCGCGGCAAUUAUCGUUUGCCCGCUUCGGGCGCGGAACUGUAUCUCGACGAGGAGGCGCCGACGUCUCCUGACGAACUCCGGCGAUUUCGAAGCGCGAGAAACAGCCUGAGCAAAUCCCUGGCGAGGCAUCAGUCCGCGCACCUGACACCGGCCAAGAAGAGGUCCUCGUUGGCACGACCGGUUCGCGUCCACGACUCCUUCGUGCAGCCGAGGCGGCCGAUGGCCGAGGAGGACGAUUAUCAUCAGGAUCCGCAGCGCGAUCGGCAGACGAGCUCGUGCAAGAAUCCGUGGUGGUGGGAGCGUCGGGAUCACCAAGAGCCUAACACGUCGAGCUACACCUAUCAUCGGGACGCCGAGGACGGUAGCGCCGGUUGGCCUAUUCGCCUGCGGCUCGAGCAGAUGCUGGAGCUGACGCUGCCGCAGACCAAGCGCAAGAAGAAGAAAAAGAAGAAGAAAAAGACGGCGGCGACGGCGACGGCGACGAUGAUGCUGAUGAAGCAGCAGCAGCGCGCCAGGCACAGCUUCAAGGAUACCGAGAGGCUCCUCAAAGUACUCAGCAUUAACAAUGUGGACCAAGAUAAUAGGUACAACGUCAAACGAUGUUCCGUCAUGUAGAGAUUAGGGUAAGGGAGAAAAAGAGAAGGGGGAGAGAGAAAAAAAAAGAAAGGAAAGAAAUAAAAAAAGCGUAGGAGACACCGUAGGACUCUCUGAUAUACGCUCGUAUCUGGAAUCCCGCUUUCGGGCGUUAUUCGCGGCCGAAUGGAGCGGAGCCGCGAAGAUCGAAGCUUCGAGUCUGCUUUCGUUUACUCAAUAAUUUUCGGUAAGUUUUAUUUUUUUUAUUUAAAUUCUCUGCUUCAGAGUUAGAACGCGGGGAGAGAAACGAGAAGUCGCAGCGCGACGGAAAAUCUCCCGCGUGCAUUUAUCUUCGUUUCUUUAAUCACUUACGUACGAAAAUUGUCUGAAAGUUUUAUUUGUACUCGUGUUGUUUCGAUUUUAUUUUUAUGUCUUGGGCAAUAAGUCACUUUUGUAAUAACACUUGUACUAGAUGUCGCUAAUCGAAAGGGAUCUAGAAAUAUGGAUUCAUUUUUGUUUCCUUAUUUUUGUAAUAAUUUUGCAAUUUGUUUCAAUGGCGCCGUUUUCAGUGCCAUUAGGGACGAGUAGUUAAUAACGAGAAAAAUGUCACCGUUACGCGACGGUCGUUUCCGAAGCGUCAUUUUUCGAUAACCAUCGCGGCCUCGAUAACGCGCAAAGCACUUAGAUACAGAACCGUUUCCAUUUUGUUCCUCCCCAGCCCUUUUCUCAGUUUAAGAGAUAGAGAUUACCUCCUCCUAGCCGCGUAUCCGAUCCGCUACUCCGGCACCUCGAAAUCCAAUAGCUCUUGAUUGCUUUGAUCGGACAUUUUUACUUUUAUAGGACGAAGUGGUCAGUGUCGCGACCCUCCCAAAAAUGAAAAAGCUUAGCAACGAACCUUUAUCCAUUAUUAUCGUGUUGUAGUGUGAGGAAUGUAGCGUCGUCGCUUGGUUCAAAAGUCGAAAUCCACUUAUUUAUCUCCGUGGCAAGUAUAUAUACGAUCGCGCGGAGUUAAUUAAUCACUCGUACCUGCAUCCACGCUAAAGCGAACCAAAAAAUUAGCGAGGAAGCGCGAGGAAGAAAGAGAGAAAGUAACAAAAAAACCAAUUUCAUUCCACUAAACUGCCUGGGAUCAUCGCGGACGCUAAAUCGCGAGCUCCUCUUGCGCGACAGCACCACUCCGAAUUAUUUUUUAUAUCGAGGAACAUAUACCGACGGUAUAUCAUGUCGGGCGCGAAAAUUAUUCACGGCGGCGUUUGCGAAUCCGCUUGUUCGCGAUUGAUGGAGCGAGCGGAUGAAAGAAGUAUAUCACGCGUACGAUGUAGAAAAUAGUAGUUUCGAGAAAAUGAAAUUCCAAUAGAAAAAUUUAUGCUUAGUUUUAAAUUUGAAAUAUUUUAACUUAUUGUGUUUUCUCUUUAAAGCUGGCGUUACUAAUUAUUAUUAAUUUCGUAACUUGACAUGUAUAAUGAGCCGUUCGCUUUACCUUUAACUUCAGAUGAUAUCAUUACGUUAUUAAAAUAAUUACGAAUUAAUGAUAUACUUAUAAAUAACGGUUUACAUUUGUGGGAAUGAAUAAGAUUUCGUGAUAUACCUCCUACGUUCGCUUAGCUCUUCGUGUUGUCUCGUUAACAGCGAUCGUCCAGAAAAAGAGAGCAGCAAGUAUCUAUAUACAAACAACGGAUGUACAAUGUCGUAAUCCAAGUGCCAUAAUUGCGUCGCGGCAGCAUUAAAGCCUAUUAUAAAACCUAAGCAUUUGAAUGAACGUUCCAGUAUUAAGUAACAUAACAAACAAGGUGUGUGAUUUGACGUAAUUCGUGUGACGCGAUGAUUCGAGAUACGCACUCCCCCUCGUCGUGUCGUAGGCAACCCACAUUGCAUAUAAAUAAAUAGAUAAAGAGCGAACCCUUUUCCUGUCCGCGAACGGGAACGUCACGAGGGAGAAGAGUCGGUUCGCGUGAGAUGACUGCGCGCUAAAGUCGUAUGAUUAAUAGCGAUAAAAGUGAGUACGGUGCAAAUCUUGAUCGGAUCUUAUAAAUUUUGCAAUCGCCAAGGCAGCCAACUGUGUUUUUUCAACACUCAUAUUUCAAUUCAUUUCUGUCGUUAAUUUGCAUUCGUAAGCGUACGCAAAGAAACAACGUCGAAUCCUGCGCCACGUUUAAUCCUUAAAUGCCACACCUCUCAAGAAUCUCGUAAAUGACAUGAGGGGUCUAAAAGACCCCAGCAUGAAAAAUGUCU